AUGUUCAAUAUAACGAACCACGUUGUCGAUUGUGGAGGAGCUAAGACCACUAUCACUGAUAAUGGACGGCUGAACAUUAAGGUUGAGAAGCCCGAAAUGAUGACUACUUCACCUCAUUGGCGGCGUCCAGCUUACAAGACACGCGAUACGAAAGCAAAGAUUCAAGAAUGUCACGCGACGCCUUCACUCAACAUAGUGAUCCAAGUUGUAGGGUCUCGUGGAGACAUACAGCCUUUUGUUGCCCUUGGACUCGCUCUUGCCCGAGCAGGACAUCGCAUUCGCAUCGCGACCCAUGGCACUUUUAAAGAAUUUGUCGAGACUCACGGUUUAGAAUUUUUCAAUAUUGGAGGCGAUCCAAAAAGGCUCAUGGCAUAUAUGAUGCAAAACUCUGGGACUCAAGCCUCUGGACAGAUCUUCUGGACCAACUAUCUUAUCUCAACUCCGUAUACCGUACACCUACUGCUGUCAUCUGCAUACACUCCUCCUCCUGAAUUGGAGGAAUUUCUCAAUGGGCCGUCUCCGAUAUACAUCGGAUUUGGCUCCAUAAUUGUUGAUGACCCCAAGAAACUUACUUUAUUGUUGUUGGAAGCAAUAGAACUGGCUGGGGUACGAGCCAUUAUCUCACAAGGAUGGGGUGAAUUGGGCAGUGAAGACUUGGUGAUUCCUCCCAACGUUCAUUUCAUAGGAAGUUGUCCACAUGACUGGAUUUUUGAAAAGGUUUCUUGCGUGGUACACCACGGUGGCGCCGGUACAACGGCUGCAGCUAUGGCUUGUGGAAAGCCUUCAAUUGUCGUCCCCUUCUUUGGCGAUCAGCCAUUCUGGGGGAGCAUGAUCGCGAAAAUAGGGGCAGGCCCUAAGCCUAUUCCGUUUAAAAAGCUAACUGCACCUGAUCUCGCUGCGGCUAUCAGCGCCGCCCUUGAGCCAGAGAUCAAGCAGAGGGCAAUGGAACUCGGGGAACAAAUUCGUAAUGAGAGCGGCGUCGAUGCUGGAGUCACCUCGUUCCACCAUCACCUUGAGCAUUCUAACCUGAGUUGUGGAAUCGUAAGCUCGCUCCCAGCGGCUUGGAAAAUUCGAGGAACAGACAUCCAGCUUGGCUCUACUGGUGUGGCGCUUCUAGUUAACAGAGGUUUGCUCAGUACUGACAAAAUUGAGCUACUUCGACCGCAAAAAUAUGAUUUGAACAUCGGGCCUCGAGAUCCAUUCUCGGGAAUGGCUUUUGCUUUUAUUGAUUCAGCAGCAGAGAUCAGCGGAGGCCUCGGCCACUUUGGUGCGUCAACUCAAGAGCUCUUCCGAUCAAUUUUUGAGAAGGGGUCUGUACACUCGGGCAAGCGAUCCGCAUUUGCCUCAAGCAUGGAGGGAAUCGGAAAAGCCUCCAUCAAUGUCGUUCGAGCUCCUAUUGAUAUUUCCUUCGCGUUUACUCAAGGUUUGCACAAUGCGCCGAAACUCUGGGGUGACCACCAUGUAGAGUUGCCCGAGACUGUCGAGGGCAUACCAACCGGGCUCACAGCAGCAAGCAAGGAACUUGUCUUUGGUGUCUACAAUGGAUUUCACAGCCUAAUAAUGUUUCCUGGACAAUUUGCCGCUCACCGGGGCAAAAGAUUUGACAUUCUCCCGGGGUUAGGAUUCGGAACAGCUUCUUGCAUCACGAAAAGUUUAUCCGGUAAGUGA